GCUAGGCUUUUCUCUACAUCAUCACAUGUGAGACCCGGACAGUGAUGUCAGUCGCUGAUUCUUGACAGACUAAGAACCCUUACCUAUACUCUUUCACCUACGAGCAUCUACGUGAUGGAUUGCAGGUGAUAUCUACCCCGAUCGCUGGCUACGGCAUACAUUCAUUUACCCAGUCUCUCAUUUGCUCAUUUCGAGUGUGGCGUUUCGCCAGCCACGGCCGCAAGGUGUUGAAGUAAUUACGGCCGUAGAGAGGACCGACGUAUAACCGUCGAAGUCGUAAAGCAUUCGGGAUCUGAAUGCUUCUAACGUAAAGAGCGACAGUACUGGUGAAACCCAUUAUGUACCCCGUCUGCCGUAUUGUCCCACGGAGUUCCCGCCUCUCGCUACAUCUGCGCCUCCGACGAUGUGUGCCCAGUCGCUACUUGUCCACCGCAAGACAAGGUGGUAGUGCCGAGACUGACCCGAGACUGGGAAAGUCUAUACACGAUGAUUACGCCCGCAUAAGGGAUCAUUACGAGACCCCCAAGCUCCCCAUCGUUCUAGCACAUGGGUUACUAGGCUUUGCCGAACUUCACCUUGCGCCUGGUCGCUGGCUACCACCCGUCCACUACUGGCGGGGAAUCGCCGAGGCUCUCAGGGCAAACGGUGUUCAUGUCAUCACUACAACUGUACCACCGUCUGGGAGCCUCGAGAAGCGUGCUGAGAAGCUCGCACAUGGAAUUGCCGAUGCCGCCGGUGGUCGAGAAGUCAAUAUAAUUGCGCAUAGUAUGGGUGGACUUGAUGCUAGAUACAUGAUAUCCCACCUACGCCCAACUAACGUGAAAGUUCGAUCGCUUGUCACUGUUGCGUCGCCUCAUCACGGGAGCUCCUUCGCCGAUUUCUUGUUUGAAGAGAUUGGACAUGAACGUCUGCCUGACCUAUACAAGUUCCUCGGCAGCCUGGGUGUGGAAACCGGCGCUUUCGAACAACUAACAUCCCAUUAUAUGAUAAACAACUUCAAUCCGCGGACUCCUGACGACCCAGAUGUCAGUUACUUCUCCUAUGGUGCUAUGAUGGACCGCCCUCCGCUCCUUAGUCCUUUUCGGCAGUCGCACGGCGUGAUAUCACGCGUCGAGGGGCCGAACGAUGGUCUUGUCAGCGUCGCAAGCGCUCAAUGGGGCUCGUACAAAGGAACUUUAGUCAACGUGAGCCAUCUUGACCUCAUCAAUUGGACGAACCGGUGGAGGUGGAUGCUACGAAGCCUUAUCGGGAUAAAACCAGGCUUCAAUGCUAUCGCAUUCUAUCUCGGUAUUGCCGACAUGCUCGCGAAAGAGGGCUGUUAAGUAAUACGAUCAGCAUUAUCCGCAUUACUCGUAGUUUGACAAGGAGCUCCGCGGGUGAUUUGCUAGUACUCACAUAUGUUCGUUAUCUAAUAGGCCUAUAGGACACAAUAUUAGGAACUUGGUUCGAAAGUCUAUGCGAAUUUAUUAUACGGGUCGUAGCGGUACGGUCCACCUCGUAGCUGCCGGGCCUUCGUUUUAUUAUCGGCAGGUUGAUUUCACUAAUGUACUAUAUUAAAAAAAAAAAAAACGGAACCCAUUACAUAUGCCCUGAAGUGCUGUAGAUCUAGUACACGUUCGUCACACCUGUCAGGAUGACAGGGGCCCCCAUACGUUUCUACCAACAAGACGCGGUCACUACAAGAGGACACAUACCUACAUAAACAGAUCAAUCAAGACAAUAAAUUUUCAACCCAAUUGCAUGCCAUCGCUUAUAUCUGACAAUAUCUACGGAUCGUACGAACUAUAGCGCAACCACUUUCGUCUUCUUA